UUGCAGUAUAUUGGGUAUGGAAAAUCUAUAGGAGCAAGAAGUGGUAGUUAGUUUUAGCUUCAGUUUUUAGCUUUGGCCGCAGCUGGUUUGAGCCAAAGCCUCCCCGUCCCCAUAAUCAUAGCAUUUUCUAGAAAAAGGUUAUAAAACCAAGUACAGAACACAGCAACGCAGUGUGAUUAGAUUCUGUUAAGCGAGAUAUUAACGGAAAUUGAAAGUGAUCGUGAAGAUCGUGCCUAUUAGCGGUCUUAAUCCGUUUUCUGCUGUUAAGUGCUCAUAGUUAAUGUUUGUUCCACAUUGAAAACUGCAUGCUCCACGGCAUAGGAAUAUCAUAACUAUAUCAUCGAUUGAAGAUCAUCACGAUUGGAUUAGGAUUACGAAUCGACUCGGCGGUUGAUUGAAGAUAAUUCGGCGACCAUGCAAAUCACGCUUAUAAGACGGAUAUUUCCACUAUUUGCGUGUCUCGCGCUACUGACAGCCGGCGAUGGGAGACGAAUUCGAACGCGUCCAAGACCAGUACAACAACCAGCUCCGCAACAUGUUCAGCAAGAAAGUGAAGACAUACCGGAAUCGGAACUGACUAGUGAGGAAGAUAGCCGAGCUCAAUCAGCCAUUCAGUACUAUGACACUGAGCCACGAGAUAACUUACAAGAUGAUAGAGUCGUUUUGAUAUCCUCAAAUGAUGACUAUAAUGGACUCUAUGGUCAGCCAACAAUCAGGUCAAGGGCCGAUCGACCGGCACCACAAGCUUUUCGAUCAACGACAAUUGCACCAAGGACUAAGGACCAAGGUACCAAAUCACCACCAGUUCAAACCAUUAGGAAUUACAGUAAGGUCAAUGAUGACGGUUCAUUCACCUUUGGAUAUGAAGCCGCUGAUGGUAGCUUCAAGGAGGAGACAAGAGGAACUGAUUGUGUAGUUCGAGGAAAAUAUGGAUACAUUGAUCCAGAUGGUAACAAACGAGAAUUCACAUAUGUAUCUGGAAACCCUUGUGAUCCUAACAAUCCUGAAAGCCGAGAAAGUGAAGAGGAACGCGAUCGUGAUACAUCUGUUGAAGAACCAAAUGAACCGGAAAACAUUCCAAAUUAUCCUAAACAACGCCCAGUUCGCCCAAUUCCAACUCGUCCAAUACAUACCACAACUCAUGCUCCAACAACAUUGUUCCAAAACAACUACGCUCAGCACACACUUCCUGAAGAGACUGAAGAAGAAGAACCCGAACCAAUUCAAGUGCUUCAACCCCAACGACCAAGAGUAUCCCCUACCGUUCAACCUCUAGCUUUCCAACCCAAAGUUCCAACAGAAGUGGCAAUUCGUCAACGACCACGUAUCACCAUUCAGACCACGCCUUCUCCAGUAUCGGUCUACACUCCUGCUCCUCAGCCUGUUAGCAUAACUCCUCGCCCACAAGUUUAUAGAGCUCCAGUUCAGACCAUCCCUACACAACCACCUGCAACUACUUACCGUCCAGCAAUAAAGAUUACUCAAACGCCAGCUGCAAUCUCAUACAAGGCAACACCACGUCCUUCUUACUAUUCGACACCUCUACAAAAUACAAUUCCAUCCACAACACGUCGCCCACUUGAUUUCGCUGAAGAAUUGGCCAAAUUCCAUAAGGAACACAACGUAAAUGUUGCUCCUUUGACUACAACUACCGCCAAGAGCACAACUGCGCCAGUAAGACAAUAUAAAAUACCAGUUCCUCAGCAGCCAUCAAUACCCGUGACAUCGAAUCCAAUCUACGAAUCCCAACUUGUAUUUGAUCCGUCAAGUGGCCAAUAUGACUCAGCACUCUACCAACAGUUGCCCCAAACUGAUGGGGAUUUCUCACUCAACCACCGAAUCCAACCUUACGUUCAUCCAAUCAGUUCAACCGCAGCUCCACCCCAGCUUUUGAGUAUUGAACAACUACGACAGUCGAGUCCACUUUACACCAGAACUCAACCCACCCCAGUUCCUCAAUUCUCACAACAGGUCUAUGAAAACGAAAGGGAACAAGUUCAAGUUUACAAUUCACAGCAGCUCUUCCAACAGCAGCAGGAGCUACAAAAACAACAGCUUCAGCAGGACAGAAUCGAAGCAGCACGUAAGGCCGCAUCUCAACAGCAACGUCAACAAGUGCAACAAGUUCAACAAGUACAGCAAACUCAUCAAGUGCAGCAACCACAAACGCAGCACCGCUUCCAGCCUGCACCUCAGAUACAUCGACCUACAAUCCCCGAGGGGCCUCAAGGUUUCUACUACAUUCAACCCUCAGCGGGAGGUCAAAUUGACGCUUUCCUCAGAGGGCACAAUAUCGACUUUUAAUGUUUUUUAGUUUUAAGGGAUUACUCUCUUAAUUGUAAGCUCGAGUCAGUUGCCAAUGUGUAGACAUUAUUUAAAGCAGUGGCAGUGUUAACAUUUUUAUCAUUUUCCUUUGUUUUCCUUACUUUUUUGAGUUCGUCUAUUCUAUUUUACCUGUUAGGUCCACGUAGGUUUAAGCCCAUCUACAUGCCUAGGUCGUUUUUAUACAUACCAAUAAUCAACUGAUCAUAAUUAUUUUUUAUCGGAUGUAACUUUAUUGUAACUAUUUUAUUAUGAUGAGCUGAUGCUGAUGAGUUGUGUCGUUUACGUGAAAUAAAAUAUUGAAAAACUUGAAAA